GCCUAAACCCCCCUCCCUCCUUAAUCUCCUCUCUCUCUCUCUCUCACUUCACCAAUCACUAAAACACCAUCUCUACAUGAGCUGAGCCACACCGGAUCUUUUCUUUUCUAUAAUGGGAAGUAACCACCACCACCACCACAUUAUCAGCAACGGAGAAGCCGAGCCACUGGCCAAGCCGACACUAACAACGUCGGCUUCGUUCAAGACACGGAAGCCGGUGAAGGCAAAUGCGAACAACAACUCGAACAGUACUGCAACUCUCUCUCGAGCCGGCUCUGAUGUCGAUGAAAUCAUCACUCUUUUACACGGCUCCGAUCCCGUUCGCGUUGAACUUAACCGCCUCGAAAACGAGCUUCGAGAUAAAGAUAGGGAAUUGGGAGAGGCACUAGCGGAAAUCAAAUCCUUGAAGAAUUCGGAACGAUCGAAAGAGAAGGCUGUCGAAGAGCUUACCGACGAGCUAGAUAAAGUGGAUGAAAAGCUUAAAGCUACUGAAGCUCUUUUGGAAAGCAAGAACCUUGAGAUCAAGAAAAUAAAUGAUGAGAAAAAAGCAGCUUUGGCUGCGCAAUUUGCUGCAGAAGCCACGCUUCGAAGAGUCCAUGCUGCUCAAAAGGACGAUGAAAUGCCUCCUAUUGAGGCCAUCAUCACUCCUCUGGAGGCAGAGCUUAAGCUGGCUAGGCUGGAGGUAGCAAAGUUGCAAGAUGAUAAUAGAGCACUGGAUCGGCUCACAAAAUCGAAGGAGGCUGCUCUCCUUGAGGCUGAGAGAACUGUUCAGAUUGCUCUGGCGAAAGCAUCCCUGGUUGAUGAUCUGCAAAACAAAAAUCAAGAGCUCAUGAAGCAGAUUGAAAUAUGCCAGGAGGAAAACAAAAUCCUUGACAAAAUGCACAGGCAAAAGGUUGCAGAAGUUGAAAAGCUGAUGCAAACUGUCCAUGAGCUCGAGGAGGCUGUCUUAGCUGGAGGCGCUGCUGCUAAUGCUGUGCGCGAUUACCAGCGAAAAGUACAAGAGAUGAAUGAGGAGAAAAAAACACUGGAACGGGAAGUAGCUCGUGCAAAGGUCUCAGCAAACAGGGUAGCUACUGUAGUUGCAAAUGAGUGGAAAGACGGCAAUGACAAGGUUAUGCCUGUGAAGCAAUGGCUUGAGGAAAGAAGAUUUUUUCAGGGGGAAAUGCAACAGCUUCGAGAUAAAUUGGCAGUUGCAGAACGUGCUGCCAAGGCAGAAGCACAGUUAAAAGAUAAAUACCAAUUAAGGUUCAAGGUUUUGGAGGAAAGGCUUAAAGCAUCAAAUGGUAAUUCCCGUGCUACACCUGAAGGAAAAAACACAAGCAACGGGCCUUCAAGACGUCAGUCUCUUGGUGGAGCGGAGAAUUUUUCCAGAUCAUCCUUCAAUGGUUAUCUAUCUAGGAAAGCCUCAAAUUCACAAGCUGGUUCUCUCCGAUCCAACGGUGCUGCCACAUUAUUGAGACAUGCCAAGAUGUCAUCAAGAUCGUUUGAUGGAGGUAGUAGAUCACUAGAUGAUAAGUUGCUUGUAGGUGGAACUGGUAAAGAUAAUGCACCUGCUGCCGCCUCUGAUCAGACCCAAAAUACUGAGAGAAUCGAGACCGAAGAGAUUGAGAAUGGGACAUCAACUGAAAAUUCGAAAUCAGAGCAAGAAGAUCAAGUUUCAGGAUUUUUGUAUGAUAUGUUACAGAAAGACGUUAUUGCUCUGAGGAAAGCCUGCCACGAAAAAGAUCAAAGCCUUAAGGACAAGGCUGAUGCAAUCGAGAUGUUGGCAAAGAAAGUCGAUACAUUGAACAAAGCAAUGGAAGUUGAGGCGAAAAAGAUGCGGAGGGAAGUCGCUGCAAGGGAAAAGGAAGUCGCUGCUAUGCGAGUUAACAAGGAGCAUGAUCAUAGGACGCAACGCAGCAGUGCUCCCAGGGCUUCUCUGUUACUCCCUUCGAGGAGCACAAGAAAUUCUUACGCAAUUGAUGCCACCGAGAGACAAUGACCAGACAAGGGCCUGUUUGAUUAUUCGGCUUUGUAGUCAAAAUAGUUUUGUAUGUUUUCUUUGGCUCUUUUCUGUCUACAUUUGUAAAGAACUGACUUGUAUAUUUUCUGUAUUAACAAUAUUAACAUUAAAGAGCUUUAAGGUCAAGGGUGUCAAACGUGCA